CAGAUGAAAGAAGUGAUGAGGUUCAGGGGCGUCGCUUGCUCUCUGUUAGCGAAUGCAGCCUGUUUGAUAAGAUUUUUAGAAGAACACAUGGGAAGGAUUUAUCGGGAGCUCUUAUGAAUAUUUCAUGAGCUGGUAUACUCAGCUGAAUGAAUUCAGCGAGUGUCAGUGUGUAGCCAGCAGACUGGCUUCACCCGACAAGGAGGUUCCUGACAGAGGAAGCACUUGGGCGCAUUUUCAGAGGCACAGCCAGCCUGAUAAAGCUCCCUGUGACAGCCUGAUUUGCCAUUCUCCAGGCGUGCCGCUCUCUCUCUGAGCAGCUCCCCAGUUGGAACCGCAGCUUCUCAAAUUAAACCGAGAAGAGUUUGCAGACUCCUCAGCCUUCUCACCUGCAGCGGGGUGUCUGCUAUGUUUGAGGUUUUCGUUUUAGGCGGUGAGAGCUAGCACUUUAGACAAGACAUGACAGCAAAAAAUUCAUCAAAGGAACUUCCUGCUUCGGAACCUGACGUUUGCAUAAAGACUUUCAAGGAGCAAAUGCACUUAGAACUUGAGCUUCCGAGACUGCCAGGAAACAGACCCACGUCUCCCAAAAUCUCUCCACGAAGUUCUCCCAGGAACUCGCCCUGCUUUUUCAGAAAGUUGCUGGUGAACAAGAGCAUCCGGCAGCGGCGUCGCUUCACGGUGGCUCAUACGUGCUUUGACGUGGAAAAUGGCCCUUCCGCCGGUCGGAGCCCGCUGGACCCGCAGGCCAGCUCGUCCUCGGGGCUGGUGCUCCACGCCACCUUUCCCGGGCACAGCCAGCGCCGAGAGUCCUUUCUCUACAGAUCGGACAGCGACUACGACCUGUCACCCAAGGCGAUGUCCAGAAACUCGUCGCUUCCAAGCGAGCAACACGGCGAUGACUUGAUUGUCACCCCCUUCGCCCAGGUGCUUGCCAGCUUGCGAAGUGUGAGAAACAACUUCACUCUGCUGACAAACCUUCAAGGAGCAUCCAACAAGAGGUCCCCAGCGACCAGCCAGCCUCCCGUGUCCAGAGCCAACCUGCAAGAAGAACCGUAUCAAAAGUUAGCAAUGGAGACGCUGGAGGAGCUGGACUGGUGCUUAGAUCAGCUAGAGACUAUCCAGACCUACCGCUCCGUCAGUGAGAUGGCUUCCAACAAGUUCAAAAGGAUGCUGAACCGGGAACUGACACACCUCUCGGAGAUGAGCCGGUCUGGGAACCAGGUGUCUGAAUACAUCUCCAACACUUUCUUAGACAAGCAGAAUGACGUGGAGAUCCCGUCCCCCACCCAGAAAGACCGGGAGAAAAAGAAGAAGCAGCAGCUGAUGACGCAGAUUAGCGGGGUGAAGAAACUCAUGCACAGCUCGAGCCUGAACAACACGAGCAUCUCCCGCUUCGGAGUCAACACUGAAAACGAGGAUCACCUGGCCAAGGAGCUGGAAGACCUGAACAAGUGGGGCCUUAACAUCUUCAGUGUGGCUGGAUACUCACACAACCGGCCGCUCACCUGCAUCAUGUACGCCAUAUUCCAGGAAAGAGACCUCCUGAAGACCUUCAAGAUCUCGUCUGACACGCUCGUGACCUACAUGAUGACCUUGGAGGACCAUUACCACGCCGACGUGGCCUACCACAACAGCCUGCAUGCGGCCGACGUGGCCCAGUCCACACACGUGCUCCUCUCCACACCUGCCCUGGACGCGGUCUUCACGGACCUGGAAAUCUUGGCCGCCAUCUUUGCAGCUGCCAUCCAUGAUGUCGAUCAUCCCGGAGUCUCCAAUCAGUUCCUCAUCAACACAAAUUCGGAACUCGCUUUGAUGUACAACGAUGAGUCUGUGCUGGAAAACCACCACCUCGCUGUGGGUUUCAAACUGCUGCAGGAAGAGCAUUGUGACAUCUUCCAGAAUCUCUCCAAGAAGCAGCGCCAGACGCUCAGGAAGAUGGUGAUCGACAUGGUGUUAGCCACUGAUAUGUCCAAACACAUGAGCCUGCUGGCCGACCUGAAAACCAUGGUGGAAACCAAGAAAGUCACAAGCUCGGGCGUUCUUCUCCUGGACAACUACACUGAUCGCAUCCAGGUCCUCCGAAACAUGGUGCACUGUGCAGACCUGAGCAACCCCACCAAGUCCUUGGAGCUGUAUCGGCAGUGGACAGACCGCAUCAUGGAGGAGUUCUUCCAGCAGGGCGACAAAGAGCGGGAGAGAGGGAUGGAGAUCAGCCCGAUGUGUGAUAAGCACACUGCUUCUGUGGAAAAGUCCCAGGUGGGCUUCAUCGACUACAUCGUCCACCCGCUGUGGGAGACCUGGGCCGACCUGGUCCAGCCGGACGCUCAGGACAUUCUGGACACGCUGGAGGACAAUAGGAACUGGUACCAGAGCAUGAUACCCCAGAGCCCCUCCCCACCGCUGGAUGAGCGGAGCCGGGACUGCCAGGGCCUGAUAGAGAAGUUUCAGUUCGAACUGACCCUGGAGGAGGAGGAUUCGGAAGGGCCCAAGAAGGACGGGGAGGGCCACAGCUAUUUCGGCAGCACGAAGACACUUUGUGUGAUCGACCCAGAGCUCCAGGAUCCCCUGGGCGAGGGCGAUGUGGACACCGCAACAGAGGACAAGUCCCCGACCGACACCUAAUCUGCCUCUCCGUGGGCAAGGACCUCCCACCCUUGGGGAGCAGGCGAGCUGUGUGGCAGGGCCAGCCCAGCACGGGCCGAGGCCUGCAUGAGACAGAGGCCACCUGGCCUUUCCGGGUACUGGAGUUUGGGGCCAGAUCACAGGCCAAGAAGCAAACAGCAGCUCAGGAAACCCGCGCGGUUGACUUGCCUCGCUGGCGAGCUCGGCAGAGAGCUGAGGCUUUCUGUGGUAGUGCGGGCCGGUUCCAACCACGACCAAAUGGCUUGAACACGGAAGACACAAAACCGAGAGAUUCCUCUGCACGCAGAGUCGGGCCCUGCCCGACUAGUGACUGAACUCGCUGACCAAUACCUUCAUUGAUAAAUCUGCUCACUGUCCCCCGUGUGCCAACCUGUGUGCCUUUUUUGUAAAACAUUUUCAUGUCUUGAAAAAUGCCUGUUGAAUAUCUGUAGUACCAACUUCUACACAGAUAGGCGUUCAAAGUUGAUAUAAACUGUUUUGACUCUUUCCGGGGGAGAAAAAA